GGUGUGGGCGGCUGCCUGCCACCAGGAUGUGGGAUUGUGCCUUUUCCUCUCAGGGGCCGCCCUUCCCCAGGGGUGGCGCCGGGGAGGGGUACCCGCCGCACAGACCCCGCUUCCCUGUGCGCCACACCUCCUCUGGGGGCCCCUCGGGAGUGCCUUUCCUCAGGGGGUGGGGGGCUGAGCAGAAGCGGUCUCCCCGACCCUCUGCUUCCUCCUCUCUCUCAGCCCCAGCUUGACUGACGUCCCCAUCUCUGCAGAUCCCCUCAAAGACCCUGGGAGGCAGGAAUGACCCCCGUUUUGCAAAUGAGGAACCGAGGCUCUUGAACGGACUUCCGGAAAGGUUUGGAUCCAAAGCCCCCUCAGGCCAGUGGCUGACUCUUCCCCUCAAUGGGGCAGCCCCCAGGCCAGCGGCUGCGUCGCCUCCCACAGACUUAGAAUCAGCCCGAGAGAGCUGGAGGUUCCCCCCGGUCAGAGGCUGAUUCGCACCUCCUCAGCCUGGGGGGGUCCCUCGGGGCCACAUUGUACGGGGUGGGAGAGGGUGUCCCCCAGAUCUCUCCACCAUCUCCCUGGGACCCAAGAAUGCUGGGUGGGGGGCCAGCCCAGCCCCAGGCUCCGGGCUUGUGGAGCCUUGUUCCAGGCCCUUUCUGGCUCCCAGGGCUGGGUUCUCCAGACUCCCCCCCAAGAAUGAGCUCAGCUGCCUAAUUGUGGCUGAGGAUGGAGGAUCACCCUACCCCGGGGCUGCGGCUCCAACACCACCUUUGUUUCUGACAGACGAUGGGCUGCUAAGAGGCCGCCCAGGUCAGGCUCGGGCAUAGGAGGGGGCCCCGGGGACACACUCAGUGUGUCCAGCCUGAGCCCCAGGCCCUGGGUGGCUGGUACAGAAGCAAAUUACACGGCGGGAGUUUUGGCUCUGACUUCAAGGGCCAGGGACUCAGCCCCCGCUUUGGCCUGGCUAUAAAGGGCUACCUGGGGUCUCUGUCCAGACCAGACCCUGCGCCUGACUUGUGGAUGCCAUGGCUGCCACCACCGCCAGCAUCCGCCAGUUCUCCACCUCUGGCUCCAUCAAGGGCCUGUCUGUGCCCGGAGGCGGGGGUUUCUCUCGGAUGUCUUCCUUCCGUGUUGGGGGUGCCUGCCGGGCCCCCAGCCUCCUGGGAGCCGGCAGCUCUGGCAACAUGUCCUUGUCCUCAUCCUGCUUCUCUGUGGGCAUGGGGGGUGGCUAUGGUGCGGGCUACACCUGCAGCCUGGGAGGGAGCUUCGGCUCCAGCUUUGGCGUGGCAGGUGCCCUGCUGGGGGGCAGCGAGAAGGAGACCAUGCAGAACCUCAACGACCGCCUGGCCUCCUACCUGGACAAGGUGCGCGCCCUGGAGGAGGCCAGUGCGGAGCUGGAGGUGAGGAUUCGUGACUGGUACCAGAAGCAGGGCCCUGGGCCCGCCCGCGACUGCAGCCACUACUUCAAGACCAUCGAGGACCUUCGGAGCAAGAUCCUGGCGGCCACCGUCGACAAUGCCAACUUGGUGCCGAUCGAUACCGCCCGCCAGGCAGCCGACGACUUCCGCACCAAGUAUGAGACGGAGCUGAACCUGCGCUUGAGCGUGGAGGCCGACAUCAACGGCCUGCGCAGGGUGCUGGACGAGCUGACCCUGGCCAGAGCCGACCUGGAGAUGCAGAUCGAGAGCCUGAAGGAGGAGCUGGCCUACCUCCGGAAGAACCACGAGGAGGAAAUGAACGCCCUGCGAGGCCAGGUGGGCGGGGACGUCAGCGUGGAGAUGGACGCUGCCCCCGGCGUGGACCUGAGCCGCAUCCUGAACGAGAUGCGAGACCAGUACGAGAAGAUCGCAGAGAAGAACCGUAAGGACGCCGAGGACUGGUUCUUCAGCAAGACGGAGGAGCUGAACCGGGAGGUGGCCACCAGCACCGAGGCCCUGCAGAGCAGCCGGACAGAGAUCACGGAGCUGCGCCGCACGGUGCAGAACCUGGAGAUUGAGCUGCAGUCUCCGCUCAGCAUGAAAGCAUUCCUGGAGGGCAGCCUGGCGGAGAUCGAGGCGCGCUACGGGGCCCAGCUGGCCCAGCUCCAGGGGCUCAUCAGCAGCAUCGAGCAGCGGCUGUGCGAACUGCGCUGUGACAUGGAGCGGCAGAACCACGAGUACCAGGUGCUGCUGGACGUGAAGACGCGGCUGGAGCAGGAGAUCGCCACCUACCGCCGCCUGCUGGAGGGCGAGGACGCCCACCUGGCCACGCAGUAUUCCUCCUCCCUGGUCUCCCAGCCCACCCGGGAAGCAGCCACGGUGACCACCCGCCAGGUGCGUACCAUCAUGGAGGAAGUGCAGGACGGCGAGGUGGUCUCCUCCCGCGAGCAGGUCCAUCGCUCCACCCACUGAGGCUCCUCUCCACCUGCGCCAGCCCAGCCUUCAGGGUCAAGGGGCAGCCAUUGCCUCUAGGUCCCAGCCCGCUACUGCCGCGCCCUGAGAGCCCGUCUGGGCCACCGCCCAAGAGCUGUUGCCUUUCUGUGUGUGCUUCCCCCAGCCCCUCACUGAGGGGGCCU